GCUCCAGCUAAACGAUAACAACGCGGAGUUGCUUGGCUCUCCAGAAAACACAGUCGCAGUUCAGCCGGGUGACGUUUCUCAGGGACGAUUUGGCACACGGCUGGCUUCCCCCGGGAGGAGGAAAAGUACCCCCGCUCGCUCAGGCCCUGCCUGCAGCCCGGGCUCGGCUGGCACCGCCGGCCUCCCCAGCCCCGUGGGCGGGCGCGGGGGCGGCCCCUUCCCGCCCGGCCUCCUCCGGCUCCGCCGCUUUCCCCGCAGCUGCGGGCCCGGCUCCGCCAUGGGCGCCGCUCGCUGCUCCCGGCUGCUGCCGCUGCUGCUGCUGCUGCUGCUGCUGCUGCUCCUGGCGCCGUGGGGGCCGCGUGUCUCGGGGGGGCUCCGCUCCCCGCGGCGGCGGUGGCCGGUGCCCUACAGGCGCUUUGAUUACCGUCCAAAAACUGAUCCUUACUGCCAAGCUCGUUACACCUUCUGUCCCACUGGCUCUGCCAUUCCGGUGAUGAAAGAAGAGGAUGUCAUUGAAGUGUAUCGAUUGCAGGCUCCAGUAUGGGAAUUCAAGUAUGGGGACCUACUAGGACAUUUGAAAAUUAUGCAUGAUGCUGUUGGUUUCAAGAGCUCUCUAACAGGCAAAAACUACACAAUGGAGUGGUAUGAGCUCUUCCAACUUGGGAACUGCACAUUUCCACAUCUGCGGCCUGACAUGGAGGCACCGUUCUGGUGUAACCAGGGAGCUGCCUGCUUUUAUGAAGGAAUCGAUGAUGCACACUGGAAGGCAAAUGGAACUUUAAUUCUUGUGACCACAAUAUCAGGAGCCAUGUUUAAUGAAAUGGCACAGUGGGUAAAAUACGACAAUGAGACUGGCAUUUACUAUGAGACCUGGACAGUUCAAGCAAGUCCUGACAAAAAUUCAACAGUGUGGUUUGACUCUUACGAGUGCUCCAAGUUUAUACUGAGAACCUACCAGAAGCUAGCUGACUUAGGAGCUGUAUUUAAGAAGAUACAAACAAACUAUACAAGCAUCAUUUUAUUCAGUGGAGAACCUAUUUAUUUGGGGAAUGAAACAUCUAUUUUUGGACCACAAGGAAACAAGACAUUGGCAGCAGCUAUAAGAGACUUUUACAAUCCAUUUAAGCCUCAUCAGAGUGUCAGAGAGUUUUUUGUGGAUCUUUUCAAAAUAAUUGAUCGUGUAAUCUUGAAUCAUCAGUUUUACCUGUUCUACAACUUGGAAUACUGGUUUUUACCUAUAAAGUCCCCUUAUCUCAAAAUAAUUUAUGAAGAGGUCCCUUUGCCUGUUGGAAGCAAAGCAUCCUUUGGUGUAUGACUGCUUACUGAAGAAGAAAAUUUGCCUUUAUGGCUGAAUAUUCUUAAGGAUUUUGGACUGCUACUGUGAUGUUUUAAAGGGUUCUGUAUUUCACUGCUGACUGUAAAAAGUUGUAUUGGGAAGGCUUUGCUGUACCAGGUGAAAGACUGUGCAUUUGUUUUCUUACUACCUGUAUAAUGCGUUAAUGAACGCUUCAGUAUCUCUGACCUGGCAAGCUUCCAUGUAACCACGGCCCCCUGCUGCCUGAAGGGAGACUGCAGUGACUCCUCUGGCUGAGCUCUGCAGCAGCAGACGGAGAAUGGGCAGGUAGCUGCCUGCUCUGGGCUCAGGUGCUCUCCACAUGCAUAGCCAUGUGGCAGCAGAUGGCACCUGGCCACCAACAGAGAUGGGACACAGUUUACAAGGACUCACUCAACCUGAGUAUCUUGAUGCGUCCAGUUCCUUCAACAUGUGCCUUACACUGGUGUUCCUGUAGUACUUUGGUUUGUACCACUGGGACCUAUGAACUGUUGUCUGGUAUUCUGGGGCAGUGAAUGUACUACAUGGUAUGGGUAGUGCCUUUUCACCACUUCGCUUCCUUCACCUCCACUGUAAACAAAAUACAGAUGGCUCUUCUUCA